GGGCGCGCGGACGGACAGGACAGCGCCGUCUGUGCUGUCCUUGUAUAGCUGUAUACUUCCCUUCUUCCUCAAGCCGUCUUCUCCACUGUCGCCACCGCCUCUGGAUGCCGGUAGUUGGGGGAGGGGGGUAAACUGCCGCUGUCUCACGCGCCUUUCUUCUCUCUUCCUUUCCUUGGUCUUCUUGGCUGCCGGCCGAGCGAGCCCAGUAGUCCACCCACCGGCAGGUUUCCUGCCUCCUCCGCCGCUGCCCGAGACCGUGCGGGAUUUGAGACGAGAUGAGGCGCUGUGGGUGCCUCUCCUCCUUGUGCCGCACUCGGCGGGGUGGCCGCGCGGCGACCCCGCUCCCGCAGCCCGACCCACCGCGUCUCGAGCCCAAGGAAGUAGAGGACCACGGCGCUUCUGAUAAAGUUGUCAUGGAGAACAUUCUGUCAAACAAUGAUUUUUCUGAAGGUCUACAUUUGUGGCAUCCUAAUGGUUGCCAUGGAUUUGUGGCUGUUGAAGGAUCAGGUUACCAUCAUGGAAUAAGGCCUCAUUCAGGGUCAAAUUAUGCUGUGCUUACUCAUCGUGCACAUAAUUGGCAAGGGCUCGAGCAGGACAUAACAGAAAAUGUCACUAUUGGUACUGAGUACAUUGUUGCUGCUCAUGUCAGAGUUCAUGGUGAACUCAAUGAGCCUGUUGAAAUUAAGGCCACUCUAAAACUUGAGGGCGAGGGUUCUUCUAAAAACUAUCAAUCAGUUGCAAGGAUUUUAGCCCCCAAAGACUGUUGGGAGAAGUUGGAAGGUUCAUUUGAACUAACAACCCUACCAAGACAUUUGGUAUUCUACAUCGAAGGUCCCCCUCCUGGUGUAGACUUGCUCAUAGAUUCAGUCACCAUCUCCUACAAGAAAACAGAGAGGGCAGCAUCCACACAGGUUAACGGAACAGAAAACAUCAUUCGAAACUAUGAUUUUUCUGAUGGCCUUCAUUCGUGGCAUCCUAUUUGCUGCCAUGCAUACGUGGCAUCUCAAUGGUCUGGUUUUCUUGAUGGUAUUAGAGGGAACUCAGGAGAGAAUUAUGCUGUAGUUUCAAAGAGAACUGAAAGCUGGCAAGGUCUUGAACAAGAUAUCACAGAUAAAGUAUCUGCUGGUACUGCUUAUGCAGUUUCGGCCUAUGUUAGAGUUGAUGGGAAUAUCCAUGCGAAAGCUGAAGUCAAAGCAACCUUGAGAUUGCAUAAUCCAGAUGAUUCAACACACUACAAUUCUGUUGGAAGUGUGUUAGCUUCAAAAGAAAAGUGGGAGAAGAUGGAAGGCUCUUUUUGUUUGGCAAAUAUGCCAAAACGUGUGGUAUUCUACUUGGAAGGACCACCUGCUGGCGUGGACCUUAUAAUUGAUUCUGUAAAUAUAGCUUGCUCUGGAUACCAACAGUUAAAAGAAAUAACAGUACCGAGUGGAAUUGAUACCAUUAUUAAGAAUCCUCACUUUGAAGAAGGAUUAAACAAUUGGUCUGGAAGAGGAUGCAAUAUCUGUAGGCAUGAGGUCAAUGCUUAUGGGAAUGUUCGGGCUUUAAGUGGCAGCUAUUUUGCUUCAGCCACUGGACGGGUCCACAAUUGGAAUGGCAUCCAGCAAGACAUCACUGGCAGGGUACAGAGAAAAGUUCUUUAUGAGAUAAGUUCUGCUGUCCGCAUAUUUGGGAGUGCUAAUGAUACUGAAAUUCGCAUUACUUUGUGGGUACAAGAAUAUGGCCGUGAACGAUAUGUAAGCCUUGCAAAAAAUCAGGCAUCAGAUAAGCAGUGGACACAUCUGAAAGGGAAGUUAUUCCUUCAUGCUCCAUUUUCCAAAGCGGUCGUUUUUAUAGAGGGGCCACCUGCAGGCAUUGACAUUCUUGUAGAUGGCCUUGUCCUGUCUCCAGCAAGAAAACUCCAUGCUGCACCCCGCCCAAAAGUUGAGAAUGUUACGUAUGGAGCUAAUGUAAUACAUAACAGUGCUUUCACUCAUGGGCUUUCUGGGUGGAGUCCUAUGGGGUCAUGUCGAUUGAGUGUCCACACUGAAUCACCCCAUAUGCUAUCUUCCAUCUUGAAUGACCCUUUACAGCAACAUAUAAAAGGUCGUUAUAUCCAUGCCACAAAUCGCACAGAUGUGUGGAUGGGUCCUUCUCAGGUGAUAACUGACAGGCUUAGGCUGCACACCACUUACAGAGUUUCUGCUUGGGUACGUGCUGGGUCUGGAGGACAUGGACGUUACCAUGUAAAUGUUUGUCUUGCUGUAGAUCAUCAGUGGGUUAAUGGUGGGCAAGUGGAAGCUGAUAGUGAUCAAUGGUAUGAAAUCAAAGGAGCAUUCAAGCUCGAAAAGCAGCCAUCAAAAGUCACCGCAUAUGUUCAGGGGCCUCCUCCAGGUGUUGAUCUUAGAGUCAUGGGGUUCCAAAUUUAUGCUGUUGAUAGAAAAGCACGCUUUGAAUAUCUGAAGGAGAAAACAGACAAGGUAAGGAAGCGUGAAAUCAUUCUGAAGUUUCAGGGAUCAAAUGCUGCAAAUAUUAUUGGUUCACCUAUCAGGAUACAACAGACUGAGAACAGUUUUCCAUUUGGGUCAUGCAUAGGGAGAAGUAACAUUGAGAACGAGGAUCUUGCUGAUUUCUUUGUGAAGAACUUCAAUUGGGCUGUAUUUGAAAAUGAACUGAAGUGGUACUGGACAGAGGCUGAACAAGGGAGGCUAAAUUAUAAAGAUUCUGAUGAGUUGCUUGAAUUUUGCCGGAAACAUAACAUUCAAGUUCGUGGUCACUGCUUAUUUUGGGAAGUGGAAGAUGCAGUCCAAGGAUGGCUUCGAUCGUUGCAUGGUCACCACCUGAUGGCUGCUAUACAAAAUCGUCUGCAAAGCCUGUUGUCAAGGUACAAAGGUCAGUUUAAACAUCAUGAUGUAAACAAUGAGAUGCUUCAUGGGUCUUUCUACCAAGAUAGACUGGGAAGGGAUAUUAGAGCUCACAUGUUCAGGGAAGCACAUAAACUUGACCCCUCAGCAGUCCUCUUUGUAAACGACUACAACGUCGAAGAUAGAUGCGACUCAAAAUCCACCCCAGAAAAGUUCAUUGAGCAGAUCGUUGAUCUCCAAGAAAGGGGUGCUCCAGUUGGUGGGAUUGGCUUGCAAGGCCACAUCACUCACCCAGUUGGAGACAUCAUAUGUGAUUCCCUGGACAAGCUCUCCAUACUGGGUCUCCCUAUUUGGAUCACUGAAUUGGAUGUCACGGCAGAGAAUGAGCACAUCCGAGCUGAUGAUCUAGAGGUGUACCUUCGCGAAGCAUUUGCACAUCCUUCCGUGGAGGGGAUUAUUCUUUGGGGAUUCUGGGAGCUGUUCAUGUUCCGUGAACAUGCUCACCUGGUUGAUGUUGAUGGAGCGAUCAAUGAGGCUGGCAAAAGGUACCUUGCUCUGAAGCAGGAGUGGUUAACCAACAUUACUGGCCACGUGGAUCACCAAGGAGAGUUGAAGUUCAGAGGCUAUCAUGGGUCAUACACUGUAGAAGUAGCGACGCCUUCGGGGAAGGUAACUAGAUCAUUUGUUGUUCACAAGGAGAACGCGGUUCAGGUGGUUACUUUGGACAUUUAGCUUGUAGUAGAUCACAUGGUGUGUUUCUACGCUCUUUGGAUGCUGAGAGUAUGCUGUUUGCUUCCAA